AUGCUCCUCACAAGCGGCCAAAUCUCCGUCGCCAUCUCCUCCGGCGUCGUCUUCAUCUUCACAACCCUCCUGUUCCUCUCCGGCUACAUACUGCAACAGCAGACCGUGCGCUCACUGCAGCUCGCCCUGCACCCGCCCCCGACCCCCGCCAUCCCCGUCACCGACCCGGUACUGCAGAAACAUUUCGGGCAACCCCCGGGCUACGGAGGGGGCGGGUUCUUCUACGACAAGUUCCUGGCGAAGAACAAGCCGCGGGGGGGUGGGCGAAGGUGGCGUAUGUGCAGCUGGUGCGCCGGCAUGUGGAGGUGUGCGGGGCGGUGA